UGUGUGUAUAAAGCUAUGUUCUUUCCUGUUUCAGCGAGAGUGGUCACUAUAUAGUAAAGUCCCAAGAAGUACUCCUCAGUGCUGGCCACUGGGAAAGUGCCCUGUCAGAGUUGCGUCACUCCAUCACAGACAAACAGAGUUUCCGGCAACUUCUACAUGUCACCCUGAAGGCCAUGGCCAAGGACCAAGUGCUACACAAAUAUAUGAAUGAUCUCUCCAGUUUGUUAACCCUCAAUAGCCACAUUUCCUUGUUUGAGCUGAUUGAAGAACUAGUCUACACCACGGAAUAUGGCAGAUACCUACAGGAGUACAUCCUCGAUUCAAGUUCACCGAACAAAGCCAGCACAAAAUGUCCGCUUUACAAAGACUGUCCGGAUAUCCAGUACAAAUGCAUCCAGGUGGCACUGACCAGUUUGAGCAGCCUAGAUCCAGAGUCUGCUGCCCCUGAAGAGUCGUUCUUACUCAACGAUGAAUUCACUUCAGAAAUGGAAAAGGACAUGCUCUCACCGAUUAGGACUGAGGAUUUCUCAUAACCUUCUUCGGCAAUGAAAUUUGCUGUAUAAAUGGUUAUGGGUGAUGCCUAGGGUUGAUAAUGGUGUCCCUUGGUGCAUUGAUAGGUGGGUGCGUGUUUGAGAAUUUUUCAAUGUAAAAGAUUAAUGAGCCAAAAAAAUGAUAAUAAUAAAAAUAACCAAAGUAAUAUGAUGCUAAUUUUUCAGACUGAUAACUUCAUGUUGGAAUAUAAUUUUAUAUUUACAUCUA